AUGUCUUCCUCCGUCUCCGCCAUGGGCAAACGCCUUUCGGGCAAGACCAUCCUGGUCACCGGCGCCUCCUCUGGCAUCGGCCGCAGCAUCGCCCAGGAGUUCGCUCGCACAUCCCCGCAGAACCUCAAGAUCAUCCUCACGGCCCGCCGGGUCGACACGCUCAAGCAGGUCGCCGCCGACAUCACCAAGGAAGUGGGUGAGGGCGUGAAGGUCUUGCCGGUGAAGUUGGACAUUUCAAAACCGCAGGAAGUCAGCAGCUUCGUGGGCAAUCUGCCUGAGGAGUUCAGAAACAUCGACGUCCUGGUCAACAAUGCAGGCUUGGUCAAGGGCAUGGAUAAAGCGCCGGAUAUCAAGGCCGAGGACAUGGAGGUCAUGUUCGCCACGAACGUGACCGGCCUGAUCAAUAUGACUCAGGCCGUUCUCCCUAUCAUGAAGGCCAAGAAAGGAGAUAACGGCGAAGACGUCGGCGGCAGAGGGGACGUCAUUAUGAUUGGCUCAAUUGCGGGGAGGGAGGGCUACGCCGGUGGAAGCAUCUACUGUGCCACCAAAGCUGCAGUGAGGACAUUCACGGAUGCGCUGAGAAGGGAGUUGGUCGCCUCGCGCAUACGAAUCAUCGAGGUGGAUCCAGGGCAGGUCGAGACGGAAUUCUCCAUCGUCCGCUUCUACGGGGACAAGGCCAAGGCCGACGCCGUGUACAAAGGUGUCGAGCCCCUGACACCCGACGACAUCGCCGAAGUUGUCGUGUUCGCGGCGGGAAGAAGGGAGAACGUCGUGCUGGCGGACUCCUUGAUCUUCCCGAACCAUCAGGCUGCUGCGACCGUCAUGCACAGAAAAUCAACAUAG